AUAAAUAUUCCCCAAAAUGUCCAGACAAUAUUUGAAGUUAAUCAAGAAUAUCUGGCAACCCGCGUUACAGUCACUUCACCAGGAAGUUUAUUCACACAAGACUAAAACGCCACCGAAGUACGACUCGAAUGCAAGAUGGAUGCUGCAAACCGCUCAGACUUCUACAUUGGUUUGGCACUCGCUGUAAGCUCGACAAUCUUCAUCGGUGGCAGCUUCAUACUGAAAAAGAAAGGCCUCCUACGACUGGCCAAAAAGGGCUCUACUAGAGCAGGUCAAGGUGGAUAUACAUACCUUAAAGAAUGGCUGUGGUGGGCUGGGCUUAUAUUAAUGGGAAUAGGUGAAGCAGCAAAUUUUGCAGCUUAUGCAUUUGCUCCUGCCACAUUAGUAACACCUCUGGGAGCAUUGAGCGUUUUGGUCAGUGCUGUGCUUUCAUCAUACUUCCUAAGUGAGCGGCUGAAUAUCCACGGAAAAAUUGGCUGUUUGCUGUGCAUCUUCGGCUCCACAGUUAUGGUGCUCCACGCUCCGCAAGAGGAAGAGGUUGCUUCUUUGACUGCAAUGGCAGAGAAACUCAAAGAUCCAGGAUUCAUCGCUUUUGCUGUCUGCAUUGUUGUCAGCAGCCUGGCCCUGAUCUUCUUUGUCGCACCUCACUACGGUCAGAAGAAUGUGCUAGUGUACAUCCUCAUCUGCUCUGUGAUUGGUUCGUUGUCUGUGUCCUGUGUGAAAGGCCUCGGCAUUGGGAUCAAAGAACUGUUCGCUGGAACGGCCGUUCUGAAAGAACCGCUUUUCUGGGCCCUUCUCAUAUGCCUUGUGAUCUGCAUCAGCAUCCAGAUAAGCUACCUUAAUAAGGCCCUUGACAUCUUCAACACUUCUUUAGUUACACCUAUUUAUUAUGUCUUCUUCACCACAUCCGUCAUGGCUUGUUCAGCCAUCUUGUUUAAAGAGUGGCUUCAAAUGUCAGCCGACGGGGCUGCUGGGACUGUUAGUGGCUUUCUUACCAUCAUUGUUGGCAUUUUUCUUCUUCAUGUGUUCAAGGACAUCAACUUCAGCUUGGACUCUAUACCUUUAUAUCUGCACCAUGUACCUCAAGACAGAAUGUGGAACCAACCAUACAUUGCUUUGCCAACCAAUGAGAGAACUACUAUGAUCGAUGAAAGCAAUCCGACUAAAAAAAGAAAUGCAAAGAGCUUUUUUCCUGAGAGUUCAGACAAAAGGAGCAAUGGUACAUGUAUUACUUAGCAUAAUAUCAGCAACAAUGCUUAAUGCUUAUGUGAGUGACUAUUAAAACACAGAUGUAGGCUACUGUACAGGCAUACAUUGCAAACCAUUAAUACUGUGAGAGUACUUUAAUUUGCUUUUCUUUUUUUUUACUGUACAAGGUACUUGUCUUACAUAUUUUCUUUCUAUAAUAUUUCUGUUUCCAUCUUGCAAUUUUAACGAUGAUGUGCAUAGUCAUUUUUUUUAAAUACAAAAAUCCUGAAGUAGCAACAUAGUGUUAAAAAAUCUGCUGUACAACAUCUUAUUAAAUGUUACAUUAUUUAUUCCAUGAUCAAACCAGCCUUGUUUAGGAUAUACAUAGAAUUUUAUUCAUAUCAAGCACCUUUUUAAUGCCUCAUCCUUUCAAUAAAAGCAUGAUUUUGUUUAA